CUCCUCUAUGUUUGCCACCUGAGCUUGUGUACUGACAAACACCACUAGCCAAGUGUUGUCCAUGUAAGAAAACUUUGAGCUCUGCCGAGGACACGAUCGUUCUGGUUCUUCUUGCCAAGUAUCAGCCCCAGCUCAUUUGGAGACACGUUUCGCGAUCCUUGACUCUUUACUGCGUUCAAGCACUUAUCCUUCUAUGCUGAUUACUGCCUUAUAAAUAAGCCCCUUCGCUGCAUAAUGUGCUUCUCACAACCGUUACUGCUUAGUUUAUUUCCUUGUGUUUUCUAUGGGAGGGAUGUCAAAAUCAACCACGAGUGGUUUUGGAGAGAAAAAACAGUUCAAGAAGCCUGCGCAGGCUAGUUCUAGGAAGGGGUGCAUGAGAGGGAAAGGGGGACCAGAGAAUGCUCUCUGCACUUACAAGGGUGUCCGCCAGAGAACUUGGGGCAAAUGGGUGGCUGAAAUUCGAGAGCCCAACCGUGGUGCUCGUCUCUGGCUCGGCACCUUUGACACCUCCCAUGAAGCUGCCACGGCUUACGAUGCUGCUGCUCGUAAACUUUAUGGACCUGAGGCAAAGCUCAAUUUACCAGAGCUCCAAGUUAACAAUUGCCAGUUUCCUGCCUCUCCAGCCAAUUCCCAGGUGAUCCAAAUGACAUACCAACCUUGUCAAAUCAUCCAUAACUGUAGUUCUACUACAUCUACAUGCUCAUCCAAUACCCCAAGUAUUGAGUCUAUUGAAAUGACACCAAUGUUAUACAACUACGAUCCAAUCAUGUCUUUCUCCAACGAAAGCGUUGAUUCGGAUGGAAAGGGGGCAGUAAAUGAAGUAAAUUUUGGGCGAAGUGAAGUGGAAAUCAAAGAAUUUUGGUCGAAUUUCAACGUGAACAUUCCUUUUGAUGACUCGAUUUGGGUGGAGGCAGCAAUGUCGAUUAAUUUUCCAGUGGUGGAAGAUCCUGGGAUUUUCGCUAGCAAUCUCAUGGAAGGAACAGGUAGGGACACAUUGCAGACUCCGUGGUGCAUGUAAAUCGAAGCCCCUGUUCUCUUACAUGUCCUUCUGAGUCAGAACGAAGUUAAAAGAGAGAAAUAAAAACACACAAUCCUUAUAUAGCCGUGAAGCCACUGAGUUUUUUAGGUUCUAAUCCUGGCUCGUGUGCCUAUGGACGUCUCUCUCUAGCAAGUCACGGGCAUGCAUCAGUCACGUGCUUCUCCUACUGUGAUUUAUACUUCUGUAGUGGUCUCUUAGCCUAUAAUGUGUACAAAGCUUAGCCAAAAAAAUAAAAGAUGGUCUGGUCUGGCUUGAA